AUGAGUCUAAGUAUUCGAUUAGUCAAGACCCCCAAUGCUGCUUGGGAAAAACCUAAAUAAAUCCUAGAUGAAGAGUCCCUUAUACAAAGAUAGGCUGCAUAUGACGAGAAAGUCAAAGAAUAAAUAUUUAAUUCCGAAGCCAAUCCAAUCGAGAUCAAAGAGGAUGAAGAAGAGGAAGAAGAUGAUGUUGAAGACAUUGAUGAUUAUGCAGAUGACCUAUAAACUCAUGAUUUAUGA